GAAUCCCAGAAGUACGUUGUUCCAACUUCAUGGGAAUGUUUGUCGUGCACUUUCGAUGAUGAGUGCAAGAUGAGUGGAUGCCGCAUAUACAGGACUUUACAGGUGAAGCAGAGCAUCAAGAUCUUUGUUUUGAGACACAUUAAUUAAUUGCAAUGUUUUGUUGUAUGACAAGAGAUGGACAUCAAUGGUCUUCUAACAUCAACUGGGAUAAAUAUUGGUCUAUGCGUGGGGCUGUUUUCACUAUAUUCAGUGUUAAGGAAACAACCAAGCAACGUUAAUGUGUACUUUGGAAGAAGGCUUGCAUCUCGGCGUUUAAGACACGUUGAUAUCUUGGAGAGAUUUGUUCCUUCCCCAACAUGGGUCAAGAAAGCAUGGGAAACAACUCAAGAUGAUAUUCUCACUAUUGGUGGCUUGGAUGCUGUUGCUUUCAGUAGGAUGCUUGUCUUUAGUAUUCGAAUGUUUUCUGUUGCUACUGUCAUCUGCUUUGUUCUGGUGCUACCAGUUAACUACCACGGUCGGGAGAGACUCUAUAAGAAUAUACCUUUGGAGUCAUUGGAAGCAUUUACCAUUGAGAAUGUCAAGCAAGGAUCCAGAUGGCUUUGGGCUCAUUGUCUCGCAUUAUACAUUAUAACUAUAACAGCCUGUACUCUUCUAUACUUUGAAUAUAGGCACCUUACUGACUUGCGGUUAAUACAUAUUAUUGGGUCAGCUCCAAAUCCAAGUCAAUUUGCAAUUCUGGUUCGAGGAAUACCCUGGUCUCAAGAAAGCACAUAUUGUGACACAGUGAAAAAGUUUUUUUCAUAUUAUUAUGAAUCAACAUAUUUGUCUCAUCAAAUGGUGUACAACUCUGGUGUAGUUCAGAAAUUGAAGGAUAACGCAAAACAUAUGUGUAAGGUGCUUAGUCGUUCGAUGACUCGUUGUGGGCACGGGUUCAGCCAUUGCUGCUUCUGUGGAGGAUUUAAAAAUUCUAUUGAUUUUGCGAUGCGCUACAAUGACAUAGAAACAGAUUCAAGAAAGGAAUCAGGGACUGCUUUUGUAUAUUUUAAGACUCGGUAUGCUGCUUAUAUUGCUGCCCAAAAUCUUCAAACGUCACAUCCUAUGUUAUGGGUGACAGACUUAGCCCCCGAACCAAACGAUGUUUAUUGGUCCAACCUUUGCAUACCAUAUAGGCAAAUCUGGCUCCGUAGGAUAUCCACAUUCGGUGCUGCUGUCACUUUCAUGAUUGUCUUCAUUAUACCUGUCACCUUCGCACAAGGCUUGACUCAACUAGACAAGCUUGAGAAAAUGUUCCCUUUUCUAACAAGAGUACUAACACAGAAAUUUAUGAAUCAACUGGUGACCGGUUACCUACCAAGUGUUAUUUUGGUUUUGUUUUUGUUGGCUGUUCCACCGGUGAUGAUGCUAUUGUCAACAAUGGAGGGGCAUAUUUCACGCAGUAUAAGGAAGAAGAGUGCAUGCCUCAAAGUUUUGUUUUUUACAAUCUGGAAUGUGUUUUUUGUUAAUGUUUUUGCUGGCUCUGUUAUCAGCCAGCUCUCAGUGUUUGCCAGUGUAUCAGAAUUACCUGCCCAACUUGCCAAGGCAGUCCCGGUGCAGGCUACUUACUUCACAACAUAUGUAUUAUCAUCUGGAUGGGCAAGUCUGGCAUGUGAAAUCAUGCAGGUGUGUCCUCUUUUCUACAACCUGUUCCGGAGAUACAUUCUGAGGAGUAAGGAUGAUUCAGAAGAAGGCACUCUCACUUUUCCAUAUCAUACCGAAGUUCCAAGGGUCUUACUCUUCGGAUUCCUUGGCUUCACCUGCUCUAUUCUUGCUCCAUUAAUAUUGCCCUUCUUACUCUUCUACUUUUCCCUUGCAUACCUCGUUUACCGCAACCAGAUUCUGAAUGUGUAUGUUACAAAAUAUGAUGGUGGGGGAAAGCUAUGGCCCAUUGCUCACAACUCAGUGAUAUUUUCAUUAAUCGUGUCUCAAAUUAUUGCACUCGGUGUGUUUGGACUAAAGCGAUCAACAGUUUCAUCUGGGUUUAUCAUUCCACUUUUGAUCGGUACCAUUCUAUUUCACAUAUAUUGUAAUCAGAGAUUUCAUCCUGCAUUCAAGAACCUUGCAACACAGGUUCUUAUUGACAUGGACCGUAGAGAUCAGCACUUAGGAAAGAUGGAAGAGAUCUAUGAACAAGUGCAUUCAUUCUAUUGCCAGUUUCCCACUCGAUCUGCUUCUAGUUCUGAACGAUCCGCCGGAAGCUAUCGAGGGAUGACCUCAGACCAUGUUUCGCCCGCUCCAGAAACUCUGGAUGCAGGUUUAUUUCCGCGUAAUGCUAGAGAGACAAUAAUACAAAAUUAUCUUCUUUAAUU